AUGGCAGCCCGAGGCAUCGGCGACGCGUGGCUUCCCUCUUCUCUUGAAGCCGCCAGAAUCACUUCGCUUCCGUCGACGGCCUAUUAUUUGCCCAACUUUAUCAGCGAGGAAGAAGAGCGCUUGAUUCUUGAUAGAAUCGCCGCUGCUCCUCGUCCACGAUGGAAACAGCUCACGCAUCGACGUCUACAGACUUGGCCGUCCGAUCUCGUCCAGAACAAGCUCCUCGAUGCGCCGCUGCCUUCCUGGCUUGAAACACCCGUAGUAUCGCGCUUACUGUCUCUCCCGCUCUCCGAUGACGGCCAAGGCGAAAGUGUCAGACACAUCUUCGCCGAGAGCCCCCACCAGCGCCCGAAUCAUGUCCUCAUCAACGAAUAUCCUCCCGGUAUUGGUAUCAUGCCGCAUAAGUUAAGUAUUAUGGCAAACCUUGGCGCAAGCCUCUGUCUGAACUUGCACCGCAGCAAAGAAGACGGUGCCCUUGAUCCCGAGCCUGCCUGGCGCAUUAUCCAAGAACCUCGUAGUCUUCUCAUCACUACAGACACUCUCUACACAGACUAUCUGCAUGGGAUAUCCGACAUUAAGGAGGACCUUGAUCUAUCCGCCGAUACGAUUGUGAACUGGUCCUUGCUUCGAGAUGCCGAGGCGUUUGCCAGCGGUCGAAACCCGAGGCAGACCCGCACCAGCCUCACGUACCGCGACGUCCUCAAAGUUUCCAAAGUCGGAGCCAAACUAGGUCUUUUCAACAAGCGAUAA